AUGGCUGAUACCGAAGAAAAGAAGAUUGUUGAACAACAAGAGGAAGAGGUUGAGUCUCCUGAUGUUCAUUUCGAGCCCAUUGUCAAGUUGGAAGAGGUCGAAGUAAAGACUAACGAAGAACAAGAAGAUGUUCUCUUCAAGAUGCGUGCCAAGUUAUUCCGUUAUAACAAGGACACCAAGGAAUGGAAGGAACGUGGUACUGGUGAUGUUAAGUUUUUACAACAUAAGGAUUCCAAGAAGGUUCGUUUGUUGAUGCGUCGUGACAAGACCCUCAAGGUCUGUGCCAACCAUCUCGUCGAUUCUCUCAUGAAGCUCUCUCCCAAUGUCGGUUCUGACCGUUCUUGGGUUUGGAACGUCACUGCCGAUGUCUCUGACGGUAAGCCCGAAGCUGAGACUUUAGCUAUCCGUUUCGCCAACUCUGAAAACGCCAACCUUUUCAAGGAGAAGUUCGAGGAAGUUCAAAAGUUAAACGAAGAGUUAAACAAGAAGGAAGAAGAGAAGAAGGAAGAGAAGAAGGCUGAUGCCUAA